AUGUGGCUCCUCAACGCCACAACCAAACACCUCAAACCCUUCCUCCCAGACCAAGUUCCCCCCUACGCCAUCCUCUCCCACACCUGGGAUCCCACCCCAGACAACGAGGUCCUCUUCUCCGACUUCAGCAGCAGCGCCGAGGCCAGCUGCGGCGAGAGGGUUCCCCUCGAACAGCAGCCGUCAGCGCGCCUGAAGCGGUCAUGGAGAAAGGUCGAGCUCACGUGUGCGCAGGCGCUGUGUGACGGGUACGCCUGGGUGUGGAUCGACACGUGCUGCAUUGAUAAGUCGAGCAGUAGCGAGCUGUCGGAGGCGAUUAAUUCCAUGUAUGCUUGGUAUCGGGAUUCGGGUGUCUGCUAUGCAUACCUGAGCGAUGUCCCAGCCAACGUGUGCCUCAAGCUCUCAAGGCUAGAGUUUCGCCGCAGCAGGUGGUUCACACGCGGCUGGACCCUGCAAGAGCUAUUAGCGCCGUCCAAGUUAGUCUUCUUCGCCAUGGCAGCGACACCAGGUGAUGGUGGGUGGCGCAGCAUCGGCGAGAAGACAGAGCUCAGCGACCUCGUGGCGUCCAUUACAGGCAUCGACAUCGAUAUCCUGGUCGACCGAGAGCUGCUCUGUAGCGCCAGCAUCGCCCAGCGCAUGUCGUGGGCUUCGUGUCGGGUGACGUCGCGGCCCGAGGAUAUGGCGUACUGCCUAAUGGGGUUGUUUGGCGUGCACAUGCCCAUGCUGUACGGCGAAGGGGCCGAGAAGGCGUUCUUGCGGCUGCAGGAGGAGAUCAUGGCCUCGUCCGUCGACCAGAGUCUGUUUGCCUGGCGGGAUGAGGACGCAGCAACGAGGCCCAGCGCGAAGUACGGCCUGCUGGCCAGCUCACCGCUCUCGUUUCGCGACUCGAGCCGCAUCGUGCCCUAUCAGGACUGGCAGUGCCGGCCCCCUUACCAGAUGACCAACCGCGGGCUCCAG